AUGCUGCACUCUGCAUUUCCAUCUGCUGCAGCUUCCUCUCUUUUGUCCUCUUGUCAGUUACAGGGGAAAUUUCAUCUAAAUGGCAUGCACAAGGCUGGGGAUGUGGUUUUGGGGGGCUUAUUUGAAAUACAUUUCUUUUCUGUCUUUCCUGAUUUGUCUUUCACCUCUGAGCCACAACAACCCACCUGCUAUGGUUUGGAUGUUCUAGGAUUAAGAAAAGCCCAGACCAUGGCCUUUGCUAUUGAUGAGAUCAACAGAAACGCUGAACUGCUACCCAACGUGACUCUGGGCUACAGCCUGUAUGAUAACUGUGUGCAACUUGAAAUUGGAUUUCGUGCAGCUAUGGCAUUAAUCAGUGGUGAACAGGAGAACAUCGUGUUUGACAGGAACUGUGUAGGAAGCCCUCCAGUCGUAGGGCUUGUGGGUGAUUCGUCAUCCACACACUCCAUUGCCAUCUCCUCGGUCUUAGGAUUGUACAGAGUUCCUAUGAUCAGUUAUUUUGCCACUUGUGCAUGCCUGAGCAACCGACACAAGUAUCCAUCCUUCUUUAGAACCAUACCAAGUGAUGAUUUCCAGGUCCAAGUUCUAAUUCAAAUACUGAAACAUUUUGGCUGGACUUGGGCAGGCUUGCUGAUCAGUAAUGAUGAUUAUGGAUUACAUGCAGCCCAAUCCUUCCAGUCUGAUCUGACGUUGUCUGGUGAAGGAUGCCUGGCUUAUUUAGAGGUGCUGCCGUUGGGCAACAAUGCAGGAGAACUAAAGAGGAUCGUGGACAUAAUGAAGAAAUCCUCAGCUCGUGUGGUCAUUGUGUUUGCACAUGAGAACCAUGUGAUUGAUCUCAUGGAGGAGGUGGUGAGGCAGAAUUUGACCGGCCUGCAGUGGCUGGCAAGUGAAGCCUGGUCAACCUCUGCCAUGCUUCAGACUCCUGAGCUCAUGCCGUACCUGGGUGGCACAUUGGGUGUUGCUAUUCGUCGAGGAGAAAUACCAGGCCUCAGAGACUUCCUGUUGGAAACGCACCCUGAUUUACAUUACAACAGCAAUGAAAAUACUAUGGUGAACCAGUUUUGGGAAUUCACAUUUCAGUGUAGAUUUGCACCACCUCCAGCAGGUUGGGUGGAGAACGGGGGAACACUAUGCACUGGAGAAGAAGACUUACAGAGUGUGGAAACGGAGUAUUUAGCCACAUCUGACCUCAGGCCUGAAUACAAUGUGUACAAGGCUGUGUAUGCUCUGGCAUAUGCCCUUGAUGAUAUGCUGAGGUGUGAGCCAGGAAGAGGGCCUUUCACUGAGAACAGCUGUGCUACUUCACAAACACUUCAGCCAUGGCAGCUUAUGUAUUACUUGGAAAAAGUUAAUUUCACCACAUCGUUUGGAGAUCAUGUGUCCUUUGAUGAAAAUGGUGAUGCUUUACCCAUUUAUGAUAUCAUGAACUGGUUGUGGCUCCCUGGUGAGCAGAUUACGGUUCAAAAGGUGGGAGAUGCGAAAAUGUCGACUCUAAAAGGCGAAGAACUAGGGCUUCAAGAAAACAAAAUCUACUGGAACUUUGAUUCAAAAGGGCCAGCUCGAUCAGUUUGCAGUGAGAACUGUCCUCCAGGAACACGCAUGAUGAGAAGAAAAAAGGAACCAGUUUGCUGUUUUGACUGCAUUCCAUGUUCUGAGGGAAAGAUCAGCAAUAAAACCAACUCAAUUGAGUGCUUCAGUUGUCCAGAAGACUUCUGGUCCAGCCCUCAACGGGACCACUGUCUCCCCAAGAAAACAGGCUUUCUGUCGUAUGAGGAACCUCUGGGAAUGUGUUUGACAGCUGCCUCAUUACUGGGAACUUUUAUCUGUGCUGUUGUUCUGGGGAUAUUCAUCUAUCACCGCAGUACUCCCAUAGUGAAAGCCAACAACUCAGAAGUGAGUUUUCAGCUGCUGCUGUCACUCAAGUUAUGUUUCCUGUGUUCGCUGUUGUUCAUUGGACGACCCAGACUGUGGACAUGCCAGCUGAGACAUGCAGCCUUUGGGAUCAGCUUUGUUCUUUGUGUUUCAUGCAUCCUGGUUAAAACCAUGGUGGUUCUGGCUGUUUUCAAGGCCUCCAAGCCAGGAGGUGGCGCCAGCCUUAAGUGGUUUGGUGUUUCACAGCAGAGAGGAACAGUUUUCGUUCUUACCUCAGUUCAAGCAGCAAUCUGCACAGUUUGGCUUGUCACCUCCUCACCAACACCAAACAAAAACACUUCAUACUACAACGAUGAGAUAGUUUAUGAGUGUGCAAUUGGCUCGGCUGUUGGUUUUUCAUUUUUACUGGGCUACAUUGGCUUACUGGCUAUCCUAAGCUUUCUGAUUGCAUUCCUUGCGAGGGAUCUUCCAGACAACUUCAAUGAAGCCAAACUCAUCACUUUCAGCAUGUUGAUCUUCUGUGCCGUGUGGGUGGCCUUUGUUCCUGCUUAUAUCAGCUCACCUGGUAAAUAUGCAGAUGCAGUGGAGGUGUUUGCCAUCCUGGCAUCCAGUUUCAGCCUCUUGGUGGCUCUGUUUGGACCCAAAUGUUACAUAAUCCUGCUGAGUCCAGAAAAAAAUACAAGGAAAGCCCUGAUGGGUCGAGCCAUCAAGGGUACUGCCUAAUACUAAAAGGAAACAAAAAAACAAGAAUCAAACAAAUAAGCCAUCUCACUAUACCACCUCAUAUCUUUUGAUUUAUGAUGAAAUCACUGUAGAUGAGUCUCAUAUGUCUUAGAUGAGCCUAAACUGUUUAAAUGUUAUGCAUUUAUUUCUGUCAGUAAAAACUGAAAAACACAAAGUCUGCAACUGAUAGAGUUCUGCUGUCUGGCUUGUUGUGGGGACACGCCAGUUUUAUUGUCUCUCAGAAGCUCAAUGUGAAUAUAAUAAAAUUAAGAUUUUAAAUCCUUAACCAAACUUUCUAAUGUACAAGCUUACUGCUUUUUAGUGCAAGUUUUAAACAAAGAAGCAUUUUGCAAGAGAGGCUGUAUUUAAAAGAUGAAUGCAAUCACAGUCUGUUCUGGUGUGGUGCUACCAUCUAGUGGACAUUUGAUUAGAUUUUUACUGACAUUUCAUUUCAUUUCCUUUCAAAACUUUAGUAAAAGAUUAAAAACAAUUGGGCCUGACUCAGUUUAAACCUGUUUUUCAGCAGGUUCCUGUUCUGCUGAACGUCAAACUGCUACCUCACAGGCACACAUACUAAAACAACACUAAGCAAUCAUACAAACACCCAUGAUCCAAAAAAGGCAACAAGACAUUGUAAAUGUGAUGAAAGGGUGACCCUUCCAGCCUCCUGCCCAAUGACUGACUUUAGUCAACAAGAUUCGAGCUGCGUUAUAGAUGGACAUUCAGGACUUCAGCUCCAAAUGUUGCAGUUACAUCAUUGUGGGUUUCCAAGUCAGAGGCCUUGUCUGAUUUGUAGUCAGCAAAAUUUACUAAAUCACUUUUAGCAGAAGUCACUAGAGAGAAAAGAUGUGUCAAA